AUGGAAUACUUGGGAAAUAUUUACGGAAAAACAAUAUCGUAUUAUAACAAUGGACUAUAUGGAGCUUCCUCAUCACCAACAAAUGUUUCUUCAACGGUUCCUCAAAUUUUGUCGAAAGACGUUUUAGAUUUAUAUUCGAAAGAAAUGGCUGAUAUUGCCAAAGAAUCAUAUCAGUUGGAUUUUAGUAGAACUCCUCUGAAUAAGAAUGUUGUGCUUUGUUUAGGAUCUCAAUCAUCAGGAAAGUCAUCACUAAUUAAUUAUUUAUUUUCAAGCCUUUCAAUCCGAGAAACCGGUGAAAAUGCUAUUGAUACACAGUUUACAAUCAUUGAAUGCGUGAGCGAGAAGGAGUUUGUGUCACUUGUGGGUAGCACUAGAUAUAACAAGCUGAUGAAUGAGCUAAAUAGAAAAACGAAACAUGAUCCAAAUUUUGAUCUUUAUGAAUGGAAAACAAAUCCAAUGGAGAGGCAGCACACUGACGACAGAGAAGAUCUUAUCUAUCAUGAGCUGUCUCACACAGACAAAAUGAACAGAUACAAACAAUUUUAUGAAUCUAACAUGAAAUCAGUUCUGAUCAAGCAUCAUGAAUUAGUGAAAGCAUUUAUUGUAAAUGCACAUUUCGUUGACGGAACUGAAUUGGAACAGCUUGAGUCAGAUAUUAGGAAAAAAAGCAAAUCGCGUGAAAAAUCAUCUGUUGAAGCCAAGCAGCAAAAAAAGAAAGAGCAAGAAAUCCACGAUUUUAUAGACAACUUGUAUUUUGAAGCGAAAAAGAAUACUCAAAAAGAUGAACCUGAAGAUUGGCAAGUAGUUGAUCCUAAAAUGUUUUCCACAAACCAGAACGAUGAAGAUAACUGGCUUGUAGAGAAUUUAAUUUUUAUUGAUACUCCUGGAUUCAACGGAUCUAUGAAUUGUGACAUUGAAAAGUUCCGUGCUAAUAUUGAAGUACUGGAAUUCUUUUACAAACAAUCAUCACUUGUUUUAUUUUUAUUAAGCCCUAACCAUCUAUUAAGUAUUGGAAAUUCUCUCUACAUGCUACAACUCACUAUUAUCGACCAUGAAACUCGAGAAAAACUGUACAAAAUUGUAUAUAAUCAACUUCAAUUGACUAGCUCGACACCGCAAGACGAGCAACCAAAUGUACAACAGUCAUCAUCAAGCGGAGGCGGUAUAGUUUCCGCAGUCGGUAAAACCAUUUUGGACACUUUAUUAAUGGGAUGUUACUCUGCUUUAGAGUCAAAUUUCAAAACUGCUCUGUCAAAUAUAUAUGGAGGAAGUUCAAAGUCUAAAGGUACUCAAGAUUUCUAUUUUGGCAGCUCCAUUUAUGAAAAAUUAUUUUUUGUGAUUAACAAAAUAGGCUGCUCGAUUGGAAGAAAUUUUAGAUUUUUACCUCUACCAACAGCCUCUCGAGUAAUAAGCAUUGCAUGUCCAAACGAAAUUAGAAAACAAGUAGCCUUUGCUUCAUACAUUAGAAGAAGAGAUGUAAACUUGAGUGGGACAAGUCUUGGAGAGUUAUCACAGCUUGAGAAAAUUAUCCGAGCUCUUAAAGAUGACAAGCAGGUACAAUUGAAUUACAUUAACCACAUUCAGUACAUUUUCGAGAAGAUUGAGCAAAAGCAUCAAUCGUUGGGCUAUUACAGCCAGUACAUGCUCGGUACUGCCUUUGAGAGAGCCAAAAGUAUUUGUAAUUUAUGUUAUCAACCAGUGCAAAACGGAGUUUAG